AUGGCGGCUUCGAGUUCACAAGCCAACGAUUAUACGGUUAUGGAGACAGAUCUCACAAGAAAAUUCGCAAGGUACGAAAUAGCGUCUAUUGAAAAUCUUGAGGAAUUAUGUGCCGAACCUGAAUUUUUGAGACAGAUUUUAAGUGCGUUACAUUAUCUUCAUACUCAUAAUCCGCCUAUUACUCACCGUGAUAUUAAGUGUAGUAACAUAUUUGUUAAAGGUAACACGAGCACGAUUAAACUAGGAGACUUGGGAAUUGCAAAGAUUUUUGAAUCAGGGAGUACGCCAGCGUUUCAGACUGAUAUAUUUUCGUUUGGGACUAGCUUAACGCAGAUGAUGAAUAAGGAAGUACAAAUCACAGAACUCAGCAGCGACAAUGAUCUGGUUGACAUCGGUUUCAAGCCUGUUGGGCUACUCAGUGUGACUGAUCCUCAAAUGAAGCAGUUGAUUGAUAAGUGUAUUGACUUUGCACCUGAUAUUGUUAGACCGACAGCAUUGGACCUUCUGAAUGACCCAUUGCUUGCAGUCGAUGUUGCUGACACAUCGACUGCAAGUACUUGUGCUGGUAGUCUGUCUCUGAAAGAAUCUGUGCAAGAUCAGGUGGCUGGACUACUACUGCAGCCUACAGAAGUACUGAUGGAAUUUGACAGCGGAUAUAAGAAAUUCUGGUUACAGGGGAAAAUGUCAGAGGAUGUAUCGAUAUCUAUUACUUUGAGGAUUAUUAUUGAUGGCCUUGAUAUGGUUAGAAUGAUAAGUUUUGAGUUCUUGCUCGGAGUUGAUACAAUUCCUGAUAUCAUGGAGAACAUUCGAGGAGAAAUUGACUCGUCUGCUAAAGUAAUCGCGCUGGUUUCUAAGAAUAUGGAACAACUCAUAACAGAAUUCAAGCACGAACCUCAUGUGAAAUCAAAUGAUGCUCCUCGUAAUAACGGUCAAGGUCAGGCUAGCACUUCCUCAAACAGAAGCCCACACAACCAAGAUGCAGAGCGACAGCAGUCACAGCGUAGAGACACUUUGAGUCUUAGUUAA